GUCUUAUGGGCGCACGGCGCACAUCUCCGCGGUACCUUCGACGACGCCGUACCAUAAUAAGCGCAUAAAGUGGUGCGCGCUGCGCGGGUGUUCACGUGCGGACGGUGAGAGCUCCGGAGCUCGCGAGUUUUACGCGCGUGUUAUAUGAGUGCAUGUGUGCUGAAUGUGUGGCAGGACGUGCGUGCGAUUUAUACGACUCAUUUGCCGAAACGGGACGACAACAUGUUUACACGUUUCGACGCGAACAAGUCGACCAAAGGGGCCAGUAAAUUGCGUCGCGACCUGAUCAACGCCGAGAUAGCGAAUCUGCGCGAACUGCUGCCGUUGCCGCCGUCGACGCGCCAGCGCCUAUCGCAGCUGCAGCUGAUGGCGCUCGUCUGCGUCUACGUGCGGAAAGCCAACUAUUUCCAACAAGCUUUCAAAUGCCACGACGUCGGGAUGCACACAACUCCAACGCCAAACAUCGGCUUCUCAAAGGCGAUGAGUGGUUUUCUAAUGAUGAUGACACAAAAUGGUAAACUGCUCUAUAUCUCCGACAACGCCGCCGAAUACCUGGGGCAUUCAAUGGAGGAUCUGCUGAUACACGGCGACAGUGUGUACGACAUCAUCGAUAAGCAGGAUCAUCAGGCGAUCCAAUGCGAGCUGGGCCGACCGGUGAAUUCGGGCAAUGGCGGCGGUGGUGUGACAGGGGGUGUUGUUGGUGGUGGCGGCGGCGCUGGAGCUGCUUUGGUCGGCGACGAGGUGCGACUCUUUUUGUGUCGGAUGAAUGUAUCCCGGAACGCGCGUCGACAAAUGCGCUUCGGUGAUCAAAAGGUGGUGUUGGUGCAGGGCAGGUACCUAUCCUUCCUGCCUCUCUGCAGUCGCAACGAGCCUGUCUUCCUGGCGACGUGCACGCCGGUCGCGAUGCCUGAAACGCGCGAGUGCGUCGUCCAAGGCGCCACCAAUGUCUUCACGUCGAUACACUCGAUGGACAUGCGCUUCAUCCACAUAGACACCAACGGCGAAUUCUACUUGGGCUUUUCGCGACAAGACCUCCAGGGGGUAUCCUGGUACCGACUGCUGCAUUGGGAAUGUACCAGAGAAGCGCAGACCAAACAUAGAUUAAUUACCCAAUCGGAACAGGAGCGUUCGUGUAUUCUACUCGCGCAGUUCCAGAACCGCGCCGGGGAGUGGAUCUGGAUGCAUUGCGUGCUGCAGGUGAAAGAAGGCACGGAAGGUGGCGCUGGUGGCCAACAGCCGAUCAUCGUCUGCACCAACCAGGUGUUAAGCGAUGCCGAAGCAGCUGUCAUGCGCACCAACACAUGGCUGUACCAUUACUACUCCAUCCAGAAUAAACUCCAAUAUGGCCUAGCAGCAUACGACGUCGCACCACCUCCAAGUACCAGAUUACUAUACUAUCCGGAUCAUCCUCAGGGUGCGGAAUUUGGUCCCCAGGCAGGCGCACAGCAUGAACCUACAAGUGCAGCUUACCCCCACCAUGUCCCACAUUUAGGUAUGCAUCACCAUCAUCAACAAGGGACCGCCCCGUUGCAUCAUACACACCCACAUCAUCAACGACGUGCUGGGGACAGCGCUGAACCUGUAGAUUACUCUUCCUAUAGUAAACGACGUCGUAAACCUAAAGAUCUACGUAAUUUAGAGUUACAAAUGGAUUAUGAUACCAAUACCAGUGGAGGUGCAGGUGGCGGUGGUCUGCUGGUAUUAACACAUGUUUCUUCGGGGCGCGCAUCACGUGCGUCCCUUAAAACUGAUCCCAGCGAGAUGAUGGAUCAAUGGAAUCCAAGUCCACCUUGGUCUGAUACUUUACAAAAAGUACCGGAUCUAUGCCAGCAAGAAUUAUCUCCUUAUAUUGGCAGUGCUCCUCCCACACCAACAGCCACGCCUAGUACACACCAUCAUGGGAAUACGUUUACAUUCGAUUGGGCACCGGAACAAUACGUGCCCAGUGUGAGUGUGCCUACAAUCUCCUCGCUGGCAGAAGCGGAUGUUUCGGAUGGAUGGCCGCCGCCGGUCGGUGAACAUCGUCUGUUUCCGUUGCAACCACCGCCGAAACGACAUCAACCUCAUCCGGCAGGCAGGUCCGAAUCAUCGGCUGAUCGUGAUACACCCUAGCGGGUGAAAUACUAACCAACAUCAUAGAAUCAGUGCAAUACAGGCCCGUACUUUUCUAACCUAAAACACGUUUGUUGAAACCAAAUGUUUCCUAUUAUACAAAACGUUGUGUUCAAUUGGACGGUGCAUUGAGCCGUUCGUAAUGUUCCUUUAUGAUUAAUUUUGAUGCGUAGUCAAAACACUUUGAUGAGAUGUAUUUACGAUGCCGUCCAUGCAUUUUUAAUAAUUUAUUAUCUAUUUGUAAUAAGUUCUAGGAGAAAUUUGGGAUCGAUGUUUAAAUGUAUUUAAUACACAGGAUGUGCAAUCAGCGCUCCGCAUAGAUUUUUUUAUUAAUAAAUAAAUUUGUAAUUACCUAUUAAUUCACCCAUUUCUUAUCGGAUAGCAGUGCUUUGUCAAUCACAUGCACCCAAUCUGAUUGAUUGAUGAUUGAGCUUUUGUAUUCCAUCAAUCCGACGCGGUCUCGACGUGAUGAAAGGGUAUCUACCACAAAACUAUGACAUUCAUACCUUUUACCCAAGUAUAAAGCUUUGUCGGAGUCGUCCAUACGUUUGAGGAAGUCUUCGAUGAUGCUUCUAGGUGCUCCGUGCUUGUGCAAAGCGCUGACGAUUGUUUCGAUAUUUACGUUGUAUUUGCGUGAUGAACUUUUACCGACGCUUUUGAGGUUAUACCACUUUUGAGUUUCGAAGAUGUUGUCGAGCAUUGGCCAGCGUUCGUGUGCUGCGAUUGUGUUUAACAUUAUCCAUUCGCUUUUAAACGGUGAUAUCUUUGUUAACUUCAGGAAUUGUUGUAGUUCUGGAUCUUCGACAGAUAGUUUAUCGAGUUUAACCUUGCAUAAAUGCGCGAAUAUUGCAGAGGGCGUUGUCAACUCAUCCGGCAAUUUGUGUUCAAGUUUGUAAUC